GCCUGUGCUGCACUGAGAAGAACACAGCCUUUGACAAUUUCUCCUGAUUUAUAAAGUUAAAAAAAAAAAUACAGAUCCAUUGCAAUGUGUACUGGGAAGUGUGCACGGUUAGUGGGGCUUAUUCUUCUGCCCACAGCUUUUUUGUGUAUAAUAGCCAAUAUACUUUUAUUCUUCCCUAAUGGAGAACAGCUGGAAAUUGGCCAGAUUUCCCUUCAAGUCUGGCUUAUGGGAGGUGUGCUCGGCGGUGGACUAAUUAUGAUGUGUCCAAGCUGCUCAGCCAUCAGAGCCGGGGGCAAAGGCUGUUGCGGGGCUGGUUGUUGUGGAAACCGUUGUCGUAUGCUGAAUUCUGUUUUCUCUUCUGUAUUUGGCAUUGUUGGGUCGGCCUACUGUGCCUCUGUUGCCAUUGCAGCACUGGCUGUUGGGCCUCUAUGCAAGAACAAGAAUGGUGAUUGGGUAUAUCCCUUUGAGGAUACGGCAAGGAACAGCAGUUACCUGGGGGAUAAGACCACAUGGUCCGAGUGUGCCUUUCCGGAGAAUGUGGUUCUCUGGCACAUCGUGCUGUUCUCCAUACUCUUGGGUCUGUCUCUGAUCCAGAUGAUACUCUGUGUCAUUCAGGUUGUGAACGGAUGUGUAGGCUGCCUCUGUGGAGACUGCCGGAAAAAGAAAUCGGAUGAGGGAGGUCUAUGAGAUCUGCAGAGAGGAAUACAAAAACAAA